AUGGCAUUGACCGCACCACUCUUUGCGUCAAUGUCGUUUGACUACCUCAUUGCUGGGGGAGGAACAGCAGGCUUGGCCGUGGCCGCCCGCUUGGUCGAAAAUCCUUUGGUUAAUGUCGGGGUCAUUGAGGCUGGAAUCAGUCACAUCGAUGAUCCAAGGAUCUUGACUCCGUUGGACAUCGUUCAACUGCUGGGUCAACCUGAAUAUGACUGGCUUUACAAUAGUACACCUCAGGCUAACCUAUCCGGUCGGUUUGUUCCACAAUCCCGCGGUAAGGGACUCGGAGGCUCAAGCGCAAUUAAUGCUCAGUUGCUGACUUUUGCUUCCCGAAACGAUAUUGAUGAUUGGGGGAACCUAGGAAACGAUGGCUGGUCAUACGACGACCUGGCACCGUAUUACAGGAAGUUUGAGGAUUACCAAUCACCGCCACCGGACGUUGCUGAGGAAGCAAGCGCAGAGUACAUCAACGCAAGCGCCCACGGUUACGGCGGUCCCAUUCGCAGCUCCUUUGCUCCCUUCUAUACUGACCUCCAGAAGGCCUGGACGCCAACUUAUGAGAACCUGGGAAUCGGAGCAGAUGGCGACAUGCGUGACGGUGUUGCCCUCGGUGGAUAUACUAACCUCAUGAGCCAAAACCAGGAAGAUCAUACCAGAAGCUAUGCAGGAAACAGGUACUAUCAGCCCAAUGCCGGAAGGCUUAACCUAAAGGUACUGACAGAGGCUCGGGUGAACAACAUCAUCUUUGACGAAAAGAAGGAAGGUGAUGACCUUCUGACUGCCACCGGACUAAAUUUUACAGUCAACGGCACACACUAUGUUGUCAAUGCAAAGAAGGAAGUCAUCAUCGCAGCCGGCACGGUGGAAUCCCCCAAGCUCCUCGAGCUGUCCGGCAUUGGCAACGCUGAAAUCCUCAACAAACACAGCAUCCGCGUCUUGUUGGACAACAAAGCUGUCGGGGAGAACCUUCAAGACCACCCCGUCAUUGGAUACACCAACCAAGUGAAUGAUGGGGUCAUUACCCAAGACCAAUACAUAUUCAACAGGACGUACCAAGACGAAGCACGGCUCCUCUACCAGACCAAUCGCACCGGCCCACUUACUAGCGUCAUAACUCAAUACGCCCCGCUCUCCUGGUCCCAGAUACUCCCUCCUGAUCAGCAGACACGACCGCAAGACCUGGUAAACCAGUACCUACCCGCUGAAUCCUACAGCCACGACUCCCCGCCCGGUCUGCGCGAGCAAUUCGACCUGGUCAAGAAGCGCCUUGUCGAUCCUCGGGAAGCCAUGGCCUGCGAUGGAAUGCUCGCCGGCGCGGGUCUCCCGACACCCAACCCAUCAACCGGCCGCUUUGAUCUCGUCUCCCGGACGAGUUUCCUCGCCCACCCCUUGUCCAGGGGCACCGUGCACAUCCGCUCGGCAGACCCCAGCCAAGCCCCCGAAUUCGAUCCACGCUACCUGUCCCAUCCACUGGAUAUCAUCAUGCUGGGCGAUGUCGCCCUCCACAUGCAGCGGGUUGGCAAGGCGGCUCCGCUGUCCGAUCUCUUCAAGGGAAAUGGCACCGUGCACGGCCCGGCGCUCCCCAACGAGCUCAACUCGACAAGCGUGCUGGACUAUGUCCGGCAGCUUGUGAAUACCGGGUGGCAUCCCAUCGGGACUUGCGCGAUGCUGCCGAGGGAUAAGGGUGGGGUGGUGAGUCCGCGAUUAAAGGUUUAUGGGACGGUGAAUGUGCGGAUCAUCGACGCGAGUAUCGCGCCUCUGCAUGUUAGGGGAAAUACGCAGAGUUUGGUUUAUGCGAUUGCAGAGUAUGGGGCUGAUAUCGUCAAAGCGGAUCAGGCCGGCAAGUAUAAGCGUGAUAGGAUUAGGAAGUCCCGGGACAAAGAAGGGUGCGGAGUGAGAUGUAUAGGCUGA